AUGGGACAAAAGAUGCAAGAGUUCGUUGGCAAGACAGAAUUCAGGUUAGUUACCUCUACACCUUACUAUGCACAAGAGAAUGGACAAGUAGAAGCGACCAACAAAGUAAUAAUAAGCUUGAUUAGGAAACAUGUUUCUAAAAAACCAAAGAAUUGGGACAAGACUUUGGACCAAAUUCUAUGGGCCUGUCGAACGUUACCAAAAGAGGUGACAAAUUCGACGCCUUUUCGACUGACGUUUGGUCACAAUGCCAUAUUGCCAGUAGAGAUCUGCUUGCAGUCCGUCAAAGUGCAACGUCAGAAUGACCUCCAGUCAGAACAAUACUGGGACAUGAUGUUCGACGAAUUAGCUUAUUUGGACGAAGAAAGAUUGGCCGCAACAGAAAUGUUGAUCCGACAAAAGGAAUGUGUAGCCAAGUUAUACAAUAGAAAGGUGAGGGAAAAAACCCUUACUGAUAAUGAUUACGUUUGGAAAGUAAUCUUUCCUAUAGAUCGUCGAGAUCUAACCCUAGGUAAAUGGUCUCCAAAGUGGGAAGGACCAUUUCAAGUAACUCGAACAUACGCUAACAAUGCAUAUGAGAUCAAAGAACUUGGUGGCGAUCAAAGGGUCUUAAGAGUGAAUGGAAAAUACUUGAAGAAAUAUAAACCUAUGCUACAAGAGAUCCAAAUCCAAACAUAA